AUGACGCAAUGGCACCUGGCCCAGGAUCAUUGGCUGGCGCGUUGGCUCCGCCUCUCCGGGGCAGCGCCCGCGGAGACUGUCUACGCAAGCGGCGGCGACGGCGGCGACGUUAAGGAGGCCCAAGACCGGCGCCCGCGGGCCGGGCUUGCUGGGCGGUGUCUCUACCUCCUCUCCAACUAUUGCCCCGUCAGAGAAAAGAUGGCCCUGAGGGUCGUAUUACCAGUUCUGCUCCUCCGGGGCCUGAGUUUAGGCCUCUUCCUCAGUCUUCUAAAACCAGUCUGGCCCCAGCCGUCUCCACCUCCCCAGGUUUCUCCCCCGCCUGAGCCCCAUCCCUGCCAUACUUGCCGUGGGCUAGUCGACAGUUUCUACAAGGGCCUAGAGAGGACUAUUCGAGACAACUUUGGAGGCGGAAACACAGCAUGGGAGGAAGAGAAGUUGUCCAAAUACAAAGAUAGUGAGACCCGCCUGGUGGAGGUGCUGGAGGGUGUAUGCAGCAAGUCAGACUUUGAGUGUCACCGGCUGCUGGAGCUGAGUGAGGAGCUGGUGGAGUCCUGGUGGUUUCACAGGCAGCAGGAGGCCCCAGACCUCUUCCAGUGGCUCUGCUCAGAUUCCCUGAAACUCUGCUGCCCUGCAGGCACCUUUGGUCCCUCCUGCCUGGCUUGUCCUGGGGGUGCAGAGAAGCCCUGCGGAGGCUAUGGGCAGUGUGAAGGGGAAGGGACCCGAGGGGGCAGCGGGCGCUGCACCUGCCAAGCUGGUUACGGGGGUGAAGCAUGUGGCCAGUGUGGCCUUGGCUACUUUGAGGCAGAGCGCAACUCCAGCCAUCUGGUAUGUUCGGCUUGCUUUGGCCCAUGUGCUCGCUGCUCAGGACCUGAGGAAUCUCACUGUUUGCAGUGCCGAAAGGGCUGGGCCCUGCAUCACCUCAAGUGUGUAGACAUUGACGAGUGUGGCACAGAGCGAGCCAGCUGUGGAGCUAACCAAUUCUGUGUGAACUCGGAGGGCGCCUACGAGUGCCGAGAUUGUGCCAAGGCUUGCCUGGGUUGUAUGGGAGCAGGCCCUGGCCGCUGUAAGAAGUGCAGCCCCGGCUACCAGCAGGUGGGCUCCAAGUGUCUCGAUGUGGAUGAAUGUGAGACAGAAGUCUGUCCAGGAGCAAAUGAGCAGUGUGAGAACACAGAGGGCAGUUAUCGCUGUGUCUGUGCCGAGGGCUACAAACAUCAGGAGGGCAUUUGCGUGAAGGAGCUGGUCCCAGAGCCAGCAGGCUUCUUCUCAGAGAUGACGGAGGAUGAGUUAGUGGUGCUGCAGCAGAUGUUCUUUGGUGUCAUCAUCUGUGCACUGGCUACGCUGGCCGCCAAGGGUGACUUGGUCUUCACUGCCAUCUUCAUCGGUGCCGUGGCUGCCAUGACUGGCUACUGGUUGUCUGAGCGCAGUGACCGAGUGUUGGAGGGCUUCAUCAAGGGCAGAUAG